UUGAGGUUUGGUUUGUUUGUUUGUAUUUGUUUCUGAGUUUAAACUUCGAACUUUUCAGGACCAACUACCAUCUGCAAGGUUUUAUUUAAAUUUAUGGCGAAACGUUGAUAUUCUAGACCAUCGAACAUCAUACGUAGAUUCGGUUAUUGGGUUAUUACCAAUACCAGUGGAUUUAUGUUAACACAUAUCUCAGUUGGAUAACAAAAAAGGCCUUCAAGGUACCUUUACCAUUAAAAAUGAGCCAUGGGUUGGUGCCAAGUAAAAGCACAGUAUAUGUAUCUAAUUUGCCAUAUUCUCUUACCAACAAUGAUCUUCACAAGGUGUUUGCAAAAUUUGGGAAAGUAGUCAAAGUGACGAUUGUUAAGGAUAAAAUAACAAGGAAGAGUAAAGGUGUUGCAUUCGUAUUCUUUUUAAACAAAGAAGAUGCCUGGAAGUGCGCAAGUAGUGUUAAUGGACAAGAGAUGUUCGGUAGAACUCUGAAGAGCAGCAUAGCCAAAGACAACGGACGCAGCACCGAGUUCAUAAAGAAACGGCAGUAUUUGGACAAAUCAAGAUGUUACGAGUGUGGGGAGGAAGGACACCUAAGUUAUGCUUGUCCUGCCAAUGCUCUCGGAGAGCGCCAACCUCCACCAAAGAGAGAGAGAAAACGCAAGAAAAAAGAGGAUGAUCAGAGAGACUACUCGGCUUACGACAGUGACGAGGACUGGAGAGGGCGGCCUGUUAGUACGACAUGUGACACAGAUGGAGAAGAAGAAGAACAGGUAGAGCCAGACUUGGAGACUCUCAGUGCAGCAAUCAGUCUGGAGCAAGAAGCAGCUCAAAAAUAUCAAAGCAAGGUGGAAGCACCAACAGUCAAGAGGAAGAGAAUAAAACAAGAUUCUUACUUUAGUGAUGAGGAGGAGCUGAGUGAAUAGUCAAUAUUUAUUGUAUUUAAGUAUUUCUGCUGUUAUGAAAACAUUGCUUGGUCUCUGGAACGAACACACAGCUGUAAAUUGGUUCAAUUGUUAAAGAAGUGAACGCAAUCAUAGGUAAUCCCCGCUAU